UAUGAAAAUGCGCACGGCUACAGGUUUACAAACGCAAGAACUUCGGCUCUCUGUUUCCUAGAGACAUCCCCAGGACUUUAAACCCUAUCUGUGUUUGAGGGCGGCGAUGUCUUUAUGCAAAUACAGCCCCGAGCCUGAUAGGCCGGGCUGUGCAUGCAGUUGCUGCGCUUGGGCUCCCAGUGGUAUUGUGUUACGAUUGAAGACCGGAGAAAGAGAGAGAGAGAGGCAACGCGUUCUGUUGUAAUUUAAUUUUUGGUGCUGCGAGUGAGACCCUCGUGUAUCUUUGUGAUGUGAAGGGAAGCGUCCUGUCAGCUCUCGUCCUUUGGUAGCAGGCAGGCGAGGUGCCUAUGACAAUGGAAAUUAAAGAUUCGGGCAGCGUAAUUUUGACAGCUUACCACUCUUACUCGCCAUCAAGGAUAGCGCUGAUGGACCAAAGCUAUGCGUCGCAGCUCUCUCCGAGCCCAGGACGUUCUCCUCUGAGCAGGAAAGUGCGCUACCAGGAGACCAGCAGGAUGAUCUCUCAGGACUCUCUGCACCCACCCUCCUUUGCCCGGUCAGUGUCGCAGGACUCCCUGGACAGCAAUGCCAUGGAGGAUUACUGGAGCGAGGUGAAGAGCAUCGAGGAGGACUGUGACAGCGCCCAGGAAGAGGUGAUCGAGGUCAGAUCUGCUGAUGAGGGGGAGCUGGAGGAAGCCUGGCUCCAGGAGGCAGGGCUGUCCACGCUGGUGUCGGGGCCCCCGGGGGACAGUCCGGCUGAGGCCCUCGUCUCCACGCUGACCCGGACGCAGGCCGCCAUGGUCAAGAAGCGCCUCGACAACUACACGCAGACCAUGCGCAAGAAGAACAAGCAGCCCGCGCGAGACGUCCGGGAUAUCUUCGCGAGCGGUGACACGCCGUCCUCUGAGCCCGUUUCACCAACCCCUUCCAGCAGCACGCCUCAUCCACAUCCACAUCCACCUAAGCUGCCUUUUUGGAUACCAGCAAGAAUGGAGAACUGUGUGUCGGAUUGCCAGAUGAGUAAGGAACGGCCAGCAGAGGAGUUUGUUUUCACGGUGCCUUACUCUGAAGGAGCAGCCUGCAGGAGAAAAGACAGAGACUCCAAGAACUUCCAGAGAAUCAAGAAAGAUGAUGGCACCCUGCCCAAAUUUGUGUGGCGUAGUACAAGGCUGGGAUUUACUAGGGUGGGGGAUCUGUCCCCAGAGGACAUGAAGAAGAUUGGUUACCUCUCGCUGAUUGAAUUAACGGCAUUUUAUGAUGCCCUGGGCAUUGAACUGAAACGCAACCGUACAGUGCGGAUCAAAGUACGAGAAAGUGGCCUUUUUGGAGUUCCCCUCACAACCUUAUUAGAAAAUGACCAAAAAAAGGUUCCUGGAUUGAAAGUUCCUCUUCUUUUUAAAAAGCUCCUGUCGAAGCUGGAACAGACUGGACUGCAGACGGAGGGGAUUCUUCGCGUCCCGGGUUCUGCCUCCCGGGUCAAGCAUCUUCGUCGGGAACUGGAAGAGAAAUUUUAUGAUGACGUGUUCGACUGGGACCAAGUGAGGCACAAUGAUGCAGCUGGCCUUCUCAAAAUGUUUAUCCGGGAUCUCCCAUAUCCUCUCUUAACCAUGCAGUACCUCCCAACCUUUACUGCAGUCGAAAAUAUCUCUCCUUCCAGGACACAGCUACAAGCUUUGCACCUUCUUAUCAUGUUGCUGCCUGAGCCUAACAGAGAUACUCUUAAGGCUCUGCUGGAGUUCCUCAGGAAGGUGGUGGCCAACGAGGAGAAGAACAGGAUGAGCUUGUGGAACGUGUCCAUGAUUGUGGCUCCCAACCUGUUUAUGUAUAGAGGCAAGACCGCCAAGCCACAGGAAAUGCAGGGGGCUGCUGGUGCGGCUCACCUGGUACGGCUCCUCAUUAAAUACCAGGAUCUGCUCUGGAUAGUCCCGUGCUUUAUGGUCUCGCAGGUGAGGAAAAUGAACGAAGCCGCCAUGCCGAAGAGGCACCAGGGCUCUGAGAAGAACAAGAAGAAGCUGCUGAGGCGGUGGAACGCAGAGCGAGACAAAUCGGAGAGGAGUGAGCUCUCUGACAUACGUGAGGGAGUGAUCCGGGUCCACGCUCCACUGCACGCCAAGGUUUCCAUGGCGAUCCAGCUCGACAGCGGGACGAAGGCCAAGGAUGUCAUGGCUCGAUUCGAGUGUGAUAAAAGGUCUGCGAGAAGCUACCGUUAUUACUCAUUUUGUCGUAGCAUAGGAAACUGAACCAUGAAUUUGCUGAUUUUGCUGGAUGUAGUCCCUUUAUUGUAGUUUAAUGUAGUACAGAAUGUGUAUAAAGUUGAUGAUCCUUUAUGGUUUUAAUUUCUCCUGUGGCAGCCUGCUACAGCAUACUUUUUUCUUGAAAAACAUCCAACGUUUAGCACCUCAGAUUGUAUUUUGCAGUAUUCAAAGUCCUGUAGCUAACCAUUUAAAUGUUGUAUUUAAAAUAUUUGAAACUGACACAAAU